AUGAAUGGUUGCUUUGAUUCGUUUAAUGGCUCCCGCAAAACCGCCGCACCAGAGCACAAUGAGAUUUAUUUGCGCAUUCGCUCUUUCGGGCGCGUGUCGCGUUUCCCAUCCUAUUCAAUUACGACGCGCACCAAACAAAAUUGUCACGGUCACGUCCCUAAUGGGACGCCGCCAAGCGUUGAACAAACACCGGCGGGGAGUAAAACGCAGGUCGCGUGGCGUCGCGACAGGAGUUCCAAUAACGCCCCGCCGUUUCGAUAUCGCGCGGCGGGACUAGGGACCAACCGAGCGUGGGACUACGCGGCGGCACUUAACGUCGCGCUAGGUGCGGGGGAC